CUCACCUGUGAAAUAGGGAUAAUAGCACCUAGGCCUCGUGCAUGGGAAGCCGAGAGCAACCAGCUAACAGGUCUCAGGCGUGGCUGUAAGCAUUUGACAUGUUUGCACUCAAUGAAGCCUCCUAAGAGCGUGCCAGCCCUCUUUCUACAAAGGAGCAAACUAAGGUUCAGACAAGUUACUUGCUCAAGCUCACAGCUUGUAAAAGCUGUGGAGCUCCCAUUACUUUAGUAGAGUAACGGUAAUUCAAGUUAUGAGGUGUUUAGGGGUGUUGGAAAUGGCCAUGGAUUGUGGACUACGUUUCCAUGAAGUUUUCCCCAUGGAAGUAGUUAUUUUUUUAAUAUUUGGUUGUUUUCAAAGGUAGACAUGAUUCUCUAAGGUCUGUUCCCAGAUAGUGAUGGCAUGUGUUUUGUUUUCAUUGUUUGGCUUCCCUAAUCAGAGAACUAGACAUUGCUGUUGCCAUAAAUUGUUAUAGUUUUGGGUCUGUGUCUAUACUCAAAUUAGAAAAUGGACUAGCAAAUUUACUGCCUUAAUGUAUUUCAUUAAUCAUAGCUUUAAUCAUUUAUGUUUAUCCUUGGGGGAAAUCUUAGUAAUAUGCUAGUUUUUCAUGCAAAUGUUAUCUUAUGAAGGUGCAUCAGGACUUCAGUUCAGAAAACUGCUAAUAAGUGUGAUUUCAAUCUUUACAUGAGAAAAGUUAGGUUUAGGUUGUCACUAAGUUUAUAUCCUCUAAAGUUUGAACUGAAACAAUCCUCAUUAAUUUUUAAUCUUUUUACUUUGGUAGUUGCUCAUACAUGAAGUAAUUCUUGUUUUCGAUUCAAAGCUGUUUUGGGAAAGAAGAAACAUGGAAAGUGGUGCAGUUCUGCUGGAAUCCAAAUCCUCUCCGGUUAACCUUCUGCAUGAAAUGCAUCAACUACGCCUUCUGGGUCACCUGUGUGACGUGACUGUCAGUGUGGAGUACCAGGGAGUCCGCGAGGAAUUCAUGGCCCAUAAGGCGGUGCUGGCGGCCACCAGCAAAUUUUUCAAGGAAAUGUUCCUUAAUGAGAAGACUGUGGAUGGUACUAGGACUAAUGUCUAUCUCAAUGAAGUGCAAGUCGUAGACUUUGCCUCGUUUCUUGAGUUUGUCUACACCGCAAAGGUGCAAGUAGAAGAAGACAGGGUGCAGCGAAUGCUGGAAAUGGCUGAAAAGCUAAAAUGUUUGGACUUGUCAGAAACUUGUUUCCAGUUAAAGAAACAGAUGUUAGAGUCGGUACUUUUGGAGCUGCAGAAUUUCUCUGAGCCCCAGGAGGCGGAAGGGAGCAGCGGCUCCCAAGGCAGUGUUACUUCUGAGACUGGGGCAAACGUGGCUGCAGACAGUCCUCUCACCAACAGCCUCGUGAACCCGUCAGAUCCCCCGGUACAGAGAAUCAGCAACGGUACAUUGCAAGAUAUGUCCCCAAGGAAGUCCAAGGAAAAAACAGACAAGAAGAAAGAUGUAGUUAAGCCUUCCUACCCUAAAAUCAGAAGAGCUAGUGGAAGGCUGGCUGGCAGAAAGGUAUUUGUAGAAAUUCCUAAAAAAAAAUACACAAGACGACUCCGAGAGCAGCAGAAAAGUGCUGAGGAGGAUGCAGGGAAUUGCAGGUGUCCCCAAGACCCCAGCUCAGACGCUGGGGAGGGGGAGGAGGGGAAGAGGAGGAACAACUUCAAGUGCACGCUCUGCGAAAAGGCGUUUCUGUACGAGAAGAGCUUCCUGAAGCACAUCAGGCACCAUCACGGUGUGGCCACCGAGGUGGUUCACCGCUGUGACACCUGCGGCCAGACCUUCGCCAACCGCUGCAACCUGAAGAGCCACCAGCGCCACGUGCACAGCAGCGAGCGCCACUUCCCCUGCGAGCUCUGCGGGAAGAAAUUCAAGAGGAAGAAGGACGUCAAGCGGCACGUGGUGCAGGUCCACGAGGGCGGCGGCGAGCGGCACCAGUGCCAGCAGUGCGGCAAGGGGCUCAGCUCCAAGACGGCCCUGCGGCUGCACGAGCGGACACACACCGGCCACAAGCCCUACGGCUGCACCGAGUGCGAGGCCAAGUUCUCGCAGCCCUCGGCACUGAAGACCCACAUGAGAAUUCAUACAGGGGAAAAACCUUUUGUCUGUGAUGAGUGUGGUGCAAGAUUCACUCAGAACCACAUGCUGAUUUAUCAUAAAAGGUGUCACACAGGUGAAAGGCCUUUUAUGUGUGAAACAUGUGGCAAGAGUUUUGCUUCUAAGGAGUAUUUAAAACAUCACAAUAGAAUCCAUACUGGAUCCAAACCCUUUAAAUGUGAAGUUUGUUUCAGGACUUUUGCCCAGCGGAAUUCACUUUACCAGCAUAUUAAAGUCCACACAGGGGAACGUCCCUAUUGCUGCGACCAAUGUGGUAAGCAGUUCACCCAGCUCAAUGCUCUUCAGCGCCACCAUCGGAUCCACACGGGAGAGAAGCCAUUCAUGUGUAACGCAUGCGGGAGGACAUUUACUGACAAGUCCACUCUCCGGCGGCACACCUCAGUACACGAUAAGAAUACACCGUGGAAGUCUUUCCUUGUUAUUGUGGACGGCUCGCCCAAGAGUGAUGAAGGGCAUAAGACUGAACAGCCUGACGAAGAAUAUGCAUCGGCCAAGCUUUCGGAUAAAUUGCUGUCUUUUGCAGAAAAUAACCAUUUUCACAACCUGGCUACAGUCCAAGGCAGUGUAUCUACUGUGCAUGAGAAUAGUUCUGCAGAUCCAGCCUGCAAGUCAGACAAUUCUGUGGUGUCCCAGGAUGCUCUGCUGGCCACCACCAUCAGCGAGCUUAGCGAGCUGACUCCACAGGCAGACUUGAUGCCCACACAACUUCACUCUUUGACCAGCAUGGAAUAAGAGCUUGAAGUUACCUGCCAAGCAGGUCCCAUCCUGCAUCUUGUGUGUUAGCUGUGUGCAAGAUGACGUGUCGGGAGCUAAGAAAAAGAACUACUGGUAGGCAAAGAAGUGGGCAAGAAUGGCUUCUGAUUUUCCUAAAUUUCUGGUAACUUGCACGUUUUUAUCAGAGCAUUUUUAAAGCUUUCCCUUAAAAAUACUGAUCUGCACGACCUCAGCUAUACUUUAUCAACACAUAGGCAAUUAACAUAACCUCACUUAAUUCUGGUGAGGCUGCUAUAUGCAUUAAUCAUUCUAAUGCUUGAUUAUUUUAAUGUCUGUGAAGUUUAGACAACUCUUUACCUUAAUAGAGUACAGACCAUUGAUUCAGCUCAUGAAAUUGCUUUUAAUGGUCUCCCUGGUCUCUCAGUCUGCCUUAUACUUCCUUAUGGGUUUAUUUCUGAUACUUUUAAGACAGUUUUCUACCAAGCUGAAGUAAAACUGGGGCCAUGUAUUUUUAAUUGUUUUCCUGUCAGAUUGAAACAAAGCAGAUUUGCUCUAGAGACCCUUGAAUGGAACUGAAGAAAUGAAUUACUGCAUUCAUUCCCCUCCACUCCCCCACCCCACACUAAAAAAGGAAUGACAAACUGAACACUUUGCAAAAGUUUAGUAUAGCCUCUACUCACAGCACACGUGUGUCUAGGAAAUUUGUCAUAAAAUAGCUUUUGAAAUGCAAUGUGGCUGUUCAGUUUCAUUCCUAAAAAUCUGCUAAGGUAAAAGCUGUCCUACCAAAGAUUUUAGUAGCAAACUAUUUUUUUUUUUUUUUUAAAGAGGUGUGAAAAAUUAAACAAGAGGCUGUAGAACACUUGAAACAUUGUGUAGUCAUUUUACUGACAAGUAGCAAUGAGCUGAUUGGCAAAUCGUAGAGCACAGAGUAUUAGUAAUUCUGCCUGGUUUUUCUGACUUUCUAAUUGCCAAAUCAAGAGCUAGACACAGGCAGGUAAAUGUCACAUAUUUGUUUCCUUGGGAGUGUGUGAGAAUAUAGCAGAAGUGACCAAAAGCCUUGGCACGCAUCACUGAUUAUGCCUUAAGAGUAGACUGUGAAGAACCAAUAACUUGUCUUAAAUGCUCCUUUGGCUGUCUCAGGCUGGACUUGAUGAAUUUACAAUGAAAAGAUAAUUCUGCUGUAUUUGCUAAGCAUGAUUCUUGGUUCCAGUGGCUUUUGUAUGUAGCCGUGACUCAUUUAACCCUAAACAUAUUAAUAUAAAGACAACUUAAAGGAGAAGUCUUUUGUUUACCAGUUUUUCUACAUUUUAAUUUAUUGACUUGCUGUGAAAACACUUUCAUUUUUAAGAGAAAAGUUCUAAGAGAAAGAACUUAUCCAUAAGUUCCAGACUGAAGAUAGAGCUGCACAAUUCCAGAAACUAAUGAGGGAAGAUUCUUCCUAUGUGCUUAUUUUGUUUUAGUUUGUGACAUGUUACAUACUAAAGCCACUACAAGGUGUUUUUGGUGCUGACAUGUUUCACACCUGCUCUUAAAGACAGCAGUACUUAACUACUUCAGAUUCAAUUAUGACAGCAUAUCCUAGUUAUGUUUACAGAACAACAACAACAAAAACAGUGACUGUCACACAACCAUUUUAUUCUUGUUAAGAGAAUGAACACGGCCAACUGAUGUACUGUUUCAUGGAGUAAAGUCAUCUUAAUAAGAAGGAAUUUAAAUAUAGAUUAUUUUGUUACCUACUAGAAGAAUUUUUGUCUUGAAUGUUUCUUUAGAAAUUCUACAAAAAAAAUCGUUUAAUGUGUUAAUAAACAUUUGCUUUGUAAAAUAGUUUCGCAAGUCUUAAGUUUUCUUCCCAUUAUUAAAAUGUAGGUCGUGUA